CAAAAUUAGAUCUUUCCCAACACUGCUGUUUUGGCGCUCCUGUCUGCUGCAACCCUCCUUGACAUGCGAAUCACCAAAUCCAGAUAAAAUGGACAUUGGAGCGUAUAUUCUGAGUGAAUAUAUCCCCGCCAAGCCGCUGGUCGGUAAUCUGGAGGUGUGCUUUACUGGGGAUGAACAGACACAAAUUGAUACAUGUGCCCAACUAAGAUGCGGCGAGGUAUUAAAGUUCCCAUUCGCCCGUCCUGACUUCCAACCGCGGUCAGUGGUAAUAAAGGGGAACACAUUGCUCGUGGCAGCAGACAAGGCUACGGAGACAAAACGCGUGGUGGAGUUGACCCUGGAGUCGUCGUUUGAUUAUCAACCCGGUGACACCAUUGGCAUUAUGCCCAGCAACAAACCCGAACUGGUGGAAAAGCUGCUCCAGCGGCUAGAACUGAAGGACCAGGCAGACACUAGCUGCCAUUUGAAGCUGGUGCUGCACUGCGCCAAUAAGAGCGCCAAGCUACCCGCUCACAUUCCGACAGCGACGAGUCCAAGGGAGAUCCUCACCCACUGCUUGUCUCUUUGCUUUGUGCCGCAGAAGCAGCUUCUCAGUGCCCUGGCGGGAUUUACAAGCAACGAACGGGAGCGCAGCUUCCUGGCCUGUCUGUCCUCCAAACAGGCCACCAAGCACUACAAUUCCCUUAUCCUGGAGCAGGGGCUACUCUUCAUGGAUAUUCUUGAGCUUUGCGGUGACUGCAGGCCACCGCUUGCCUUCCUGGCAGAACACUUGCCACGUCUUUUGCCACGACCGUAUUCCAUAGCCAACAGUCCUUUGGAAGCCGGCGACCAGGAGCUCCGCAUAAUCUAUUCCCUGCUCAGCUACAAGCCAGGGGUCACAACCAGCAUGUUGGAGGCGAGAGUCCAACAAAUCAAUCCGGAGCAGCCCGCUCAUGUGGUUAUCUACCCCCGAGUAAACAACGCAUUCCGCUACACCGAGCAGGAUCUGGGCAGCAACCAAGUACUCAUUGCGGUGGGCACUGGUCUGGCACCGUUCCUCGGCUUCGUGGCCCACAAAGAAAAGCUUAUAAGCCAACAGCCGCAGCGGGAAAAGGGUCAUUCCUGGCUUUAUGUUGGUGCCAAGACACCAGAAGCUAUUCUGAAGCGGGAUCAACUUGAAGCCUGGCAUAAAUCGGCAGUUUUGGAGCGACUGCGCAUGUGUCAUUCGCGAGGAGAAUCGCCAGGCUAUGUGCAAGAAAUGCUGGCGGAGGAUGGCGAGGAUCUGGUCAAGUUUAUAUUAAAGCCAGAGACUGUGAUAUACGUCUGUGCCGAUGGUGCCAAGAUUUCCCAGUCCAUUGCCAAUGGCUUAAGCCUGUGCCUGCAGAAAGUUUUGCAUCUCACUGAGGAGGAGGCCGUUCGGCAGCUGAAAGAACUAAAGGCUCAGGGCAAAUAUCGCGAGGAUGUUUGGCUUUAAGGAAGCACUCUAUGUGCAGUCAAUAGCUCCGUAGAAGAAGCCUCUCUAGAUGCUCUUACAGUUUAAUUUUGUUUUACUUUUGCUUUUUUCUUCAACUUCUUUCGGAACGAAAAGGGAACUUCCUUUUGAAUUUUAAAUUUGUUUUGGUUUUUCUUUUGUAUCGUUUUUUUUACCAAUGUUAAAAUAAAUAUUGCAGAAGAAUUAAAGCUUAGUU